AUGAAUAGAAGAUAUGCUAUAACCAAACAAACAAAAUAUGUUAUUAAAGCUAAUCUUAUUCAAAAGAAGAAUUAUAAGUUGUUAGACUUUAUUAGAAAGAGAGUUGAAUAUGACCCUAGCAUUAAACAAGGAGAUUUUAUUGUUGGGAAUAUGACCAAAAUAUUUUAUUUGACAUACAAAUAUCAUAGCACAAACAUAAAAUACCUUGAAGAAUGUAUUGUUCCAUUAAUUGAACAAAGCAAUGAAUAUUUAAAUAUUGUGUUGUUUGUUAUAGAUUGUAAAAUAAAUGAAAUAAAUGAAGAAAUAAUACAAGAUAUCAAUAUAAAAUUAUUUAAGAAAAAAUGUACAUUAAUUAUUGCACAAAGUUAUUCUGAUGCUGCUCAUUAUAUUGAAGAGUUUAGUAUUGUAGAGAAUAGUCAAAAUGAAGUACCUGACCAAAUAAACGAAAGGACACAAAUAAUAAAUGCAUUAUCAAUGAUUAAAGGAAUAAACUCGCAAAAUGCAUAUGACCUAUUAAUGAAGUUUAAUACGUUAAAGAGACUUGGAGUUGUUGAUAAAGAUGAGUUGAAAAAGAGUAAAAACAUUGGACCAAAGAAAGUAGAAAGUAUAUGGAGAGUCUUUCAUUCUCCAAUUGUUGGAACAAAAAAGAUGGAAAGAACAAUUCAAACAUUCCUAAAGUCUUUAACAAUCGAAAAGAAGAAAACUAAUAAACCAUAA